AUGGCGGAGGCCAAGGGCAAGUCCAAGAAGCGCCUCCCGAAGGACGCUCCGGCGACGACCUUCGACCCCGUCAGCGUGGAGGUCAAGACCCUCGACACGGUGGUCAAGCUGCUGGCGAGCAGCGAGAGGGACGUGCUUCUGCAGGCGCUGCUGGCCCUGGACGGCGCGGCGGCCAAGCACCCGGACAGCCUGAGCGCGGUGCUCGAGCUGGGGGCCACGGACCCGCUGCUGGGGCUGGCGCGCCACCAGGACCUCGACGUCAGGCGGUUCAGCAUGAAGCUGCUGGCCCAGCUCAGCCGCCUGGAGCCGGCGCGCCGGCGCCUGCUGCAAGACGAGGCGCUCGUCGCCUUCUUCGUGCGCGUCCUGGCCGAGGACGACGACGUGGUGGCGCACGAGUUCUCGUCGCUCGUGCUGGCGGAGCUGACGGCGGACAGCGCGGAGGCCGGCGAGCUGGUCAUGACGGCGGAGGGGGUGUUCGACGCGCUGCUGCUCCGGACCGCGUCCCCGGACCCCGACGUGGAGCACAACUGCCUGCAGCUGAUGGCGAACCUGCUGCGCGACCCGGCCGCCUACGAGGGCUUCGCCGGCGCCGCGGGGUUCGGCUUCGAGCCGCUGCUGGCGCUGCUGGGCAGCGAGUACCCGGCCGUGCAGCGGCUGGCGGCGCGCGUCUCCGGGGCCCUCACGGCGCGCGCCAGGGACUCCCGCGCGCACGAGCUCUUCCGGCGGGCGGCCGGAGUCGACCGCGCGCUCGACGUGCUCGAGAAGCCGGAGUGGGAGGACCUGCACCAGGACGUGACGCAGCUGCUGGUGCACGCCGCGCAGGACCCGGACACGGCCGAGCUCGUGCACCGCUCCGGCGCGCUGCGGCGGCUGCUCGACCUGGCGGACAAGAGCGCCGCGACGUCGUCCCUGCUUGACGGUGCUCUGGCCGUCGUGGCGCGGGUCGCCGCUCUGGAGCCCGGGAGGCAGGCGCUGUACGGGCUGGGAGCGCACGAGCUGCUGGCCCGGCUGGUGCGCGGCGGCGCGGCGGCGGCCUGCCCGGGGCUCGCCCUGCUGGCCCGCCUCCCGGCCGCGCUCGCCGCGCUGGCGGCCCUCGACCCCGCGCCGGACCUGGCACAGCUGCUGCGGGGCGAGUCGCGCGGCUGGGCGGAGCGCACCCUGGCCGCGCAGGCGCUGUGCGAGCUGGCGCGCCUGGACCGCCGCUUCGCGCUCGCCCUCCUCCGGGACGGCACGCAGGAAGGAGAGGCGCCCUGCGCGGGGCUGGCGGUGGCAGCAAUGGAGUGCCUCUCUGCGUUCGCGUUGGAGGGGCGCGCGAGGGACUGGCUGCUGGAGUCGGGGGCGGCGGUGGCGGCCAUCGUGCGGCACCUGCGCCACCCGAGCGUGCCGCUGGCCCACGCGGCGGCGGCGGCGCUGCUGCAGCUCACCGUCGUGGACCACCGCGUGGCGGCCGCCUUCGUGCGUGCCGGCGCGCUCCAGUGGUUCGUGGGGAACCGCACAUAA